GCCACCCGAAAACCUGCCCGCUCGACCCCAUCCCCUCCUCCCUUCUCCAGACUAUCUCUAGACACCUUAUCCCAUUCCUCACUUCCCUCAUCAACUCAUCUCUGACCACUGGCUGCGUCCCCUCUGACUUGCUUCCCUCUUCAAGAAACCAACACUCUUCUGACAUCAAGAACUAUGCACCUGUAUCCCUUCUUUCUUUUCUUUCCAAAACACUUGAGCGUGUUGUCUCUGAACUUUCUCCUUAUCUCACUCAGAAUGAUCUUCUUGACCCUAACCAGUCAGGCUUCAAGACGGGUCACUCAGCUGAGACUGACACUGCUCUUCUCUGUGUCACGGAGGCUCUCCGCACUGUAAAAACUGACUCUCUCUCCUCUGUUCUCAUCCUCCUAGAUCUAUCUGCUGUCUUUGACACCGUGACCCAUCAGUUACUCUUCUCCACCCUCUCAGGGUUGGGCGUUUCAGGCUCUACACAUUAUUGGAUAGCAUCCUACCUGGCAGGCUGCUCCUACAAGGUGACGUGGAGAGGAUCUGUGUCUUUACCACAUACUCUCACUACUGGUGUCUCCCAGGGCUCGGUUCAGGGCUCGGUUCAAGGCCCUCUCCUCUUCUCUCUAUACACCAGGUCACUUGGCUCUACCAUAUCCUCACAUGGUCUUUCCUAUCAUUGCUAUGCGGAUGACACACAACAACUUUUCUCCUUCCCCCUUUCUGACACCCAGGUGGCAAAGCACAUCUCUGAGUGUCUGGCAGAUAUCUCAACUUGGAUGUCGGACCACUCACCUCACCUCAACCUCGACAAUAUGGAACUGCUCUUCCUCCUGGGGAAGGCCUGCCCACUCAAAGACCUCUCCAUCACGGUUGACAACUCCAUAGUGUCCCCCUCCCAGAGUGCAAAGAACCUUGGCGUGACCCUGGACAACACCCUGUCUUUCUCUGCAAACAUCAAAGCAGUGACUCGCUCCUGCAGUUUCAUGCUCUACAACAUCCUUGGAGUACAACCUCUCCUCACACAGGAAGUGGCGCAGGUCCUAAUCCAAGCACUUGUCCUCUCCCGUAUGGACUACUGCAACUCGCUGUUGGCUGGGCUCCCUGCUCGUGCCAUCAAACCCCUGCAACUUAUCCAAAACGCAGCAUCGCACCUGGUUUUCCACCUUCCCAAGUUCUCUCAUGUCACCCUGCUCCUCUGCACACUACACCUGCUUCAUGUUGAAGCUUGCAUCCACUACAAUACCAUGGUACUUACCUAUGGAACAGCAAGAGGAACUGCCCCUCCUUACCUUCAGACUAUGCUCAAACCCCACACCUCAACCCGAACACUCCAUUCUGCCACCUCCGGUCUCUUGCCCUCCAACCCCAACGGGAGGUCAGCUCCCCCUCAGCCCAGUCCAAAAUCUUCUCUGUCCUGGCACCCCAAUGGUGGAACCAGCUUCACCCUAAAGCUAGGACACCAGAGUCUCCCUGCCCAUCUUCCGAAAACAUCUGAAACCCUACCUCUUCAGACAGUAUCUUAAA